AUGAGUUCAAAUGUUAAAAGAUUUAAUGAACCACAUCCUCUUCAUAAUGAAAGUAAUUCUACAACAUUAUACGAACUUAUUCCUAACAAAACCUCUGUUCCGAGUAAUGAAAGUAAUUCUACAACAUUAUACGAACUUAUUCCUAACAAAACUUCUGUUCCGAGUAAUGAAGGUAAUUCUACAACAUUAUACGAACUUAUUACUUCUAUUUCAAGUAAUGAAAGUAAUUCUACAAUUCAGCAAAAAAGCAAAGAUUCACAAUUUUUUGCGUCAGAAUUACUUUGCGUACAAAAU